AUGUUGCGCAUUUUGCCGUUGUCUAUUAGGUCUCCAGCGGAAGAAAUAGAACUGGCUGACUGGUUCCUCAUCAUCACACAAUGCCUCGCACCUCUUCUCGUCCACAUACUGGUGGGCAUCCCAUCCGCUGUUUAUUUACAUAGCAGUCGCCCAGCGUGGCAUGACAAGAUUACCUUUUACAACCCUACAUCAAUAAUAUGGCGGUAUUUCGUGAUCACCGAUCGUCGUAUACGAGCGAAGAACUGGAACGCUUUUGAUAUGGCUGCGACGAAUGCUCGAUUUUGGACUGGAGACCGAUGGGAUGGAUCAGAAUACAUUAUGGAAAGAAGCAAGCUUUAUCUCACCCGGGUUGCCGAUGUACCUCGAAUUAAAUUCAACUCGCAAGAAACGGUGGAGACUCUCAUCGUCGCAGUACAAGGGAUGCAGGCGAUAUUGAAUAUCUCGAAAGGCUUCGCUGGAGGAUGGCAGGUCUCUAUCGCCACUAUGUUCUUCCCCUUGGCCCUCAUUGGGCUUUUGAGGCUUCCCGCGACGUUUUGGCUUUCUGAAGAAGCAACCUACACAGACCAUCGCUCUAUCGUGGGCGUAGAAGUGGAAGGGGCUAAAAAUCAAGACGACGAGACUUACAGCAAUUAUCGAACCAACCUUGAUACCGAGAAAUUGCUCAUGGAAAGUCCAGGUAGUGACAGCGCCUCGCUCGCGUCGAAGAAGUCGCCAUCAACCAAGCCACUUCUUACAAUACGGUAUUCCGUCGAGCCAAACGAGACUCCAGCAUACACUGCUCAUAGACCUAAUAGUUGGAGGGGAUGGCUCGUCCGUCUGUUUUUCUUGAUUUCUAUUUUGUCCUUGGCGAUGCUCUCCAUCACUCUCACCCUUCCAUUCCUCAACUUCUGGGACGUCUUCAUGUCGGUUACGAGCUAUAUACAAGCAUGGUUCUACUCUUUCAUGCUUACGAUGACUUUUAUCAUUGUCGCGAAAUACUCCAACGAUGAACGAACCUCGACGACAACAGUCUUACCUUGUAUCCACGCUCUCUGGUACAAAGUAUACACAGGAUUACUCUUUGCAAUGAUGUGUAUAUUCUUUCUUUUCGCCGCGCUCGAGACCAAGAAGUCGACCUGCGGAGCUUUCACUACUUUUCCAGCAAUCUUCGGCGUGUGCCCAAGAGGUGGUCGAUUCCUCACCUCAGCCAUAGAAGUUAAGCGGCCAGGUGGUUCAAAUGGUACGACCUCCGUUCAGUUUUUCGAUGGGAUAUACCGAACAGUCAACAACGGAUCAUCAAUAACGACACGAAUGAUUCCAUUUGACGGAUGGUGUAAAGGGUCCUGGGACGAUGGAAAAGCCGAGUUCUCACUUCCAGAUCUACGCUUGGUCAAUGACACCGACUGGUUCCAAAGUCUGAAGAAUGCCUCUGGUUUGCAGAUAAAUAUUGCACCUCUUGGAAACACAGGAAAGGAGUUUGACGUGGUUGCCAAUAAUCUUCAGAAUGAGAAGGCCGAUCACAUGUAUGAUUAUACAUGA